UCUAAAAUAUUUUUUUAUUCAGAUUUGUAAAUAGAAUUAUAGUAGUUUGUCACUCAGGGAAUGAAUACUGAUGUCAAAGUUGUGAAAGCUGUUUUAGGUUUUAAAAAAGAAACAAAAACAAAAAAAAAAACCCCGAGCCAUAUUAGAUUUUAAUAUAACGAUGUCAUCAGUCAUGGUGUUAUAAGGAAGUAGGAAAUGGCACAGUUUAGGCCUACGUAGAACUAUUCAGAACCAGUUUUCAGAAAAUAAAAGAAAUGAUUUUAAGCUAACCAACUGGUCAAUGGCGAGUUCAGGAGGUUCAUCUUUCUGUACUGUUUGCCUACCUUUGUUAUUGGAAUCUGAAGAAGAGAUAGAGCAAGAUGGAGUUAAGGAAGUUGCAAAAGACUUAAAACAACAUUUACAUCUUUUCCAAAAACACAUUCUCCGUUGGAAGGACUUGUCAUAUGUGAAGGUGAAAGAUGUCACAUCCGACUCUGGCUUUAUAUACUUAAUAUUUGAAUUUAACAGUGAUGACUGUUUGAAUGAAUUCUAUGCCAGUACCAAGAUUUCAGGCAAUGAAUUAUCAAAAUGCAUCUCAGCAUUUUUUGAUGAGCAAAGUCUUAAAUGGGUCGCUGGGUUGACAUUUAACUCAAAGAUAACAUGCAAGGUGCAGAUGACAAAACGAGACUACUUAAAGGCCCAGUAUGACAUGUGCCCAGAGGAUUCAGAAUACCCACAACAAAACUCGAAAGAUGAACAGAAGAAAGAGCGCAAAAUAAAUGUUCAUUAUGAAGUUGUUAAAGAAAAAGCAGAGCCUGAGGGAACUUUUGUUAAAGAGAGAGUAGAGCAGUAUGCCAGUUCCAUCAAAACUGAAACACAUAGACAGCCAGGAAGUUAUCCCCAUGAACAGAAGACAAAGGACAUUCAGACAGAAUCGGGCAACAGUAACCAAAAGAAGCCAGAAAGUGAUGUAAAGCAUGCCACAUUAAAAGAUAAGCAUGCAAACAACAAAAAACAAGAUACCGAAGAUGAAUUGACACCUGUCAUCAGGAAACAGUUUAUUUUGUAUCAUCCGCCUGUUCCUAAGGGAUGGAAAAUAAGCAAUAUAUAUAUUGAAAGUGAAACAUGCAAUCUCCUGAAUACAGAUUUAACUACUCAUUAUGGAAACCUGUUUGAGGCAACAAUAGACAUCCCGUUGAAAUUGUUUGAACGCCAGGAAUCUAUGUCAUUUCGGUACGUUGUUGUCUGGAGGAAGACCGGGUUUGUUGGAAAGUUUGUGUCUGAAUAUUACGACCGCAGUAAACUCUUCUAUGUUGAAACUUUAAGCUGUCAGCGCCACUUGUGGGAUCAAAUUAAUCCAAAGCCAACACAACUUGAAAUUGUGUCUGGUUACAAAGAACAUUUGGAGGACAUAAUGUUCCAUUGCACAUCGAAACAAGAUUGUAAGGAGACAUGCAUAGAAAUAGAAAAUUUCUGUAAAACAUACUUCUCAAAGGAAAAUGCUAUUACAAUCUUAAAGCAUCUGGCAGACAAGCUUAAUGAUACAGGCUAUCGUCCAGUCGCUUCACUUCUGCUUCUGAUUACAGUUAAAAGUCUAGUGACCAGACAAGAACUUAUAGUAAAUGAAAAAAUUGUGGAUGCUAAAAAUGCGCUGAAGUUAUUGCAGGCAGUUCAGUCUCUUAGUAUUUCUAGUCUUCCAACCUCAAGCCGACGUGACAUACAGUCUGUUUGCUAUCAGUUUUGCAAGGUAGCUCUUGGUGACACACUGUGUAUUUUGACAUACUGGAGUACAUGUUACCCAUUUUUUGAUGAAAAGUAUGUCCUUGAAAGGUUAGAAGGUUAUGUAACCACAAAUGCAGAUAUUUGUCCGGAUUCUGAGAGCAUGUUUCCUUUCGCAAAUGAACUUUGCUCUAAACUGUAUCGCGUGGCUGUUUCAGAUUCCUCAAAUACGGCUAAAAGCAUCCUAGAAAAAUUGUUGCGACAUCUUCCUCUGCAAGUUGCUUUGCAUGUAUUUGCUUGUCUCAAUAAAGAUAAUGGAAAUUUAUCUUCAAAUGAGUCUGAUGUCCAAAGUGUACUUUAUGGGAGUAUAUCUGUGCGGGUAGAGAGAAUGGUUAUUGCAGCAAGAAAAUCGAACAACCUGACCAAACUUUUGACUGGCUGGAGGGAUAUUGAUAGGUUUGAAGUGCUGACAGCAAAGUUCAAAUGUAAAUAUGAAGAUGCUGUAAUCCAGAUACUGGAAUCACAUACAGGUUUACUGGAAUCAGUAUCGGACAUUAUGAGUGGUUCCAUUGAUCAGUCUGGAUUUUUCAAUGAACCAUCAAAACAACGGCAGUUAAUAAUGGCAGUUGUAAAAUCAAAAAGUCAUGAAAUAAGCAAAUUGUUUGUAACUCUUGCAAAGUGUCCCACUAUGUACGAACUGUACAUGCAACUUGAAGCUGAACAGUUUAAAGAGCUAUGUGUGUCUUAUAUCACCGGGAACUCUCCAUACAUGGGUCGCGAGUUUGCAUUCCGCUACGUGUGUGAGCAUCUGAAUGACAUUUGGGGAAUGCCACAAAUGGAAAGAAGGCUUGACUUUCAGGAGGUGUGGGAGAAUAUCUUGUUUGGGGAGUUUCAAAAAUACAGGCUUCGAGAACUUCUUCAGAAAUUAAAGUUAAUUGAUACAUUGUCCAGGAAAAAUGAACACUUAGGGAUGGUUUUCCUCCAGUUCAUUAGAACCAAUCUACAAUCAAACUAUGAAGGAUUUCAUCCAGAAGAAAUCUUUAGAUGGUUUGAGGGAACAAGUGAGAAACCACAACUGGAGACUAGGUUAGUAUUGUAACAAGUUAGGUAUUGGUUUAAACAAUAUUUCCAAAUAUGCAUUCCAUACAAACAUAUAUUAAUGUGAAUAGGAUUGAGGAGUAAGCUAAAAGCUUGUAUUAAACCUCUUUCCUGAAAAGUAAUAUAUUGAAAUAGAUAUUCUGUAUAAGUGGUUAAUUUUGAAAGACAUGCAGUUUUUGUGAGUUAGAAAUAUUGGCAAA